AAGAAAAUCUUAGUGGAAUUGAUUUUAAUUCAUUUGAUAUUGAUUUAAAUAGAACAGAUAGUUCAAUACCUCGUGUUAUUCAUCAAACAUGGAAAAAUAAUAAUUUAUCAACAUAUCCAAUUAAUAAUUCUCAUUCAGAAUGGAAAAGACUUUAUCCAAAUUAUAAAAUUCGUUUAUGGACAGAUGAAGAUAUUGAUGAAUUAAUAUCUGAAGAUCAUUAUAAAAAUCUAUAUAAUAUUUAUAAAGAAUAUCCAUAUUCAAUUCAACGUGCUGAUUUAAGUCGUUUAAUUAUUCUUCAUAGUCAAGGUGGAAUAUAUGCUGAUUUAGAUGUAUUUCCAUGUUCAAAACAAAUUGAAAAUAUUCGUUUAUCAAAUGCAUCAUUUAUUAUUCCACGUUCAGCAUCAGGUUUAUCAUUAAUAAAUCAUUUUUUAGUUGCACAAAAAUCAUCUCCUAUUAUUAAUUUUAUUCUUGAUGAAAUAGUUCCAUUUAAAUAUUAUAAAAUAAUUUAUAUUAU